AUGAGUGACGAGGUGGUGACAACCGACGACUUCCGCAUCUUCUGCGGGGACCUGGGCAACGAGGUCAACGAUGACAUCCUGGGCCGCGCCUUCGGGCGGUACCCGUCCUUCCUCAAGGCCAAGGUCAUCCGCGACAAACGCACGGGUAAAACCAAAGGUUACGGCUUCGUCUCCUUCAAGGACCCCAACGACUACGUCCGCGCCAUGCGGGAGAUGAACGGGAAGUACGUGGGCAGCCGCCCCAUCAAACUGCGUAAGAGUAUGUGGAAGGACCGAAACCUGGAGGUGGUGCGGCGGAAACAGCGGGAGAAGAAGAAACUGGGAUUGAGAUAA